AUGACUGACUCUGAUAGUCAAUCUAUAUGUUCAGAUUUAAAUAUAUCAGAAUCAGAGGGAAAUACAACCGAAAUACAGAACCCAACAUCUCAGGUUGUUGAACACGACGGCGAACAGUCUACCAAUGAAAGCAGAUUUGAGCUGGAAUCGCUGGACAUUUUUUCACAGCAUUCAAGUGAUAAAGAUCAAGGUGAAAAUAAAGAUCAAAGCGAAGCUCCUUCAAACUUACGUAGACUUUUCGUCACGGAGAAAGGAAGUCUGAAAUGGCGAAGCGAUUUUGAGGGCCUUUGUCAUGUUGUUGAACAGCUACAACUACAGCCAGGGAAGUGGACUACACCGAGGGGACAGUGUAAACAAUUUGAGAACAGCGAUGUUGUAAUAUGCUGGUACAUAAACUCUGGAACUUUAACGAUAAAAGGGAAUAAGGCAAAAGAAAUUAAGGAAAAACUUUUAUAUUUCGACAGUAAUUCGAGCGACAAAGUCAUUACAGAUUCGGUUAGUUCAAAAUACAGUAAUUUGCAUUCCACUCUCAAGUCACAAGAUAGUAAUUUACAUAUUAGUUCACGAAACAGUCUCCUGAAUAAUGAAACACUACGAUCUAAUAUGUAUAAUCCCUCCGUUAAUCCGAAUGAAACAAAUUACACACAUAACUCGGAAAUUCAUGAAAUUAAAUCUAACAUGGAGUGUUUUGCCAAUUCUGUCAACCGAAAAUUAAAGGUCAUUAGCAACGAAAUAUCUAGCAUCAAAGAGUUUAAAGCUUACUCUAUACUGUCAUUAGAAGAAGUCGUUAGUGAUUUGAAAAAGGAAAAGCUGGUGCUGAGCAACAAGAAUGAUAAAUUAGAAAAAGAAAAUAAAGAUUUAUGUGUAUCUUUGUCAGAGCUUCGAGCUAAGGUGAUAGACCUUCAAGAUGAAAAAGCAAGCCUAUUAACCGCAAUGAAGUUAAUCCAACGGGAAGGAAAAGAUGAACUAGAAGAAAAUAAAAAAAGGAUUGAAGCCCUGGAAAACGAGAAUAAUAACCUAAGAGAUGAAAAGCUCGGAUUCACCAGAGUGAUGAAACGGAAAAAGAAAAUGGCUACCAUUUCUUCUCCUGAAGCUACUAGCUCAUUGAAAGUAAAGAAUCAGUUUGAAGUUUUAAGCUCUGAACAGGAGGACGAGGAAGAUAUUUACGAAACGAAGGUUAAAUCAUCAUGGACUUUCUCACAGAAAGAAAUUGCGGUCAAUAACAAUAUAACCUCAAAAGAUCCGCGCUCCCAGAAUGAAAGUACUUCCUCUCAACCCGACUCAUUAUCAAAUAUUACCCCAACUCAUCAUACUACAGACAAAAGUAGCAGCGACAGCCCAAUCCUAAUUAUCGGCGAUUCUAUCAUCAAACAUAUUGAUCCUAAAAAGAUCUCCCGAAAGAAAACUAUUAAACGCACGUUUCCUGGCAAAACCGCAGAACAAAUAAAAUCUGAAGUGGAAUCUAUGGAGGUUGAAGUACUUCCUUCACACAUUAUUGUACAUGCUGGGACUAAUGACCUUUCUGUGCAACCGCCGCAUAAUUGCGUUAAAAACAUCGAGAAUCUAGCUUUGUGUAUAAAAAAGAAAUUUACAGAUUCAAGAAUAGCAAUAUCCAGCAUAACUGUCAGAAACGACUUGGAUUUAAGCAAACAGAUCUCCACUGCUAAUGAAGAAUUACAAAAAAUGUGCUCUAAGAACGGGUUUGAUUUUAUUAAAAACAAUAAUAUUGAUGCUACAUGCUUAAAUGGCGGCCUGUUACACUUGAACUCAAAAGGAUCCGCAUUCUUGGCAACAAAUUUUAUUAAGUUCCCAAGGGGGAACAUUCCAGCUGCAUCAGAGUAUCGCCAAAGGAAGAGAGGGGAGGAUUUUCAAGGUCGCCGGACAUAUCAGAAUCAUUCACCAGAGGACCUACUGAGACUCCUAUUACUCGCUCAGAGGACCGAGUAUUAA